ACGAACCUGGGCCGGAGGUCCCGCUGCCUGUGCAGCAGUUGCAGCAGCUCCCUCCCCUAGCGCUUCCUUACUCCUUUAAGAAGCACAUUGCUCCACCGUGGGAUGGUAUGUGAAGCUACAGAGGAAGUUACGCAGCCCAGAUCAUGCCGUGUGAGUUAAAGGCUGCGUUUGUUAUUGAAAGGGAUGGCUGGAGGAUUUAGCCCUCAGUAUUAAGCUGGAGAGGCAGGGAGCAGAGAUUUGCUAAAGCCCUUCUGCCAUCUGCUUCCGAGUUGCACAGUGCCGGUAAUUGAUGAUUCUGCCCGGGAGAGGAACUAGCAGAAAAUCAUCACUUAAAGAGAAGAAGAAAAGAGCUGGAAAGGGGGAGAAAAGUUUUCUUGAUUCUAUCAUUCUCUUCCGCAAUUUAAUGGGGACUUAAGUGCCCCCUCCCGUUGGUUAUCGCAUCUUACAGAUUGCUGGGCAGCGGAAUUCAUCUGGAUCAUUAAAGGAGGAAAUCCCAAACUCAGAGAAAGCUGGGAACCAGAGCAGAAGCAGGGAGGAGGCUGUGGAUAGCAGGUUCCAGGAGCUGAGCCCUACAUAUUCUGGUAUUGUAGGCCAAGAACAUACGUGUGCCUCUCUUCAUUGCUCAUAGAUACCAACACACAAGUAAAAUGUGAUAAGGACCUGCCCUUUGAAUAUCUCAAAUUUAACCACCCUCUGUGGGACUUAUACUUCUGGAAAUCGAGUCUAAACAGGAACUUUUCAGUGACAUUUGACAUUAUGAUCCAGUUUAUAUGUUUUUCAAGGGACAACUUAAAGAUUUAUGUUCAACAUGACUAGACUUCCCAGUUGCCUUUCUAACUGCUUCAGCCUCCUCAGGAUCAUCUGACAGCCAGUUGUAAAUGAUUCAAUGUACUGCUAAAGGGAACAAGAAAAUUUGAAAAUAUUCUCACAUUUCUAGGAGUGCCCUGUGCAGACAUAGACUGUCCAAGAAAUAAUCUUGCCAAAUGUUUUUAUCUUCUUUCACAACGGACAAACUAAAUUGUUCCUAUACUUGUAGAUGAGGCCUUUCCAUGCUGAUCCUGGCAUUAGGACCUAAGCCCCCCGAAGCUUCCCCUCCAUGGCACAUAGCCUUCUCCUCUUCUGGAGGAACUUGGUUUUGGCACCAGCUACCAUGUUGCACGUGGCUGCUAUUCUCCUACAUUGCCUCCCUCUGGCAUUGGGACAGUAUGACAUCUGCAAAUCCUGGGUGACAUCAGACGAGGGUCCGUCAUGGGAGUUUUAUGCUUGUCAACCAAAGCCCAUGAUUAUGAAAGAGUACACAAUGGUUAAAGUAGACCCCCCUGGAAUAACAUGUGGAGAUCCCCCUGAGCGGUUCUGUACACACGAAAACCCAUACCUCUGUAGCGAUGAAUGUGAUGCUUCCAAUUCAGACCUGGCACAUCCUCCAAGCCUGAUGUUUGAUAAGGAAGAAGAAGGUCUGGCAACAUACUGGCAAAGUGUCACAUGGAGGCGGUAUCCUGAGCCGCUAGUGGCUAAUAUCACAUUGUCAUGGAACAAGAGCAUUGAGCUAACUGAUGACAUUGUGGUGACUUUUGAAUAUGGACGCCCUACGGCUAUGAUGUUGGAGAAGUCAUUAGACUAUGGGAGGACUUGGCAUCCAUAUCAGUAUUAUGCAGAUGACUGUAUGGAAGCAUUUGGCAUGCCGUCUAGGAAAGUCAGGGACCUGACGGCUUCUAAUGCCAACCGUGUGGUGUGCACUGAAGAAUACUCCCGCUGGGCGGGUUCCAAGAAAGAAAAGAAUGUUCGCUUUGAGGUUCGAGAUCGCUUUUCCAUCUUUGCUGGGCCAGACCUCCGAAAGAUGGAGAACUUGUACACACGCAUGGAAAGUGCUAAGGGGUUAAAGGACUUCUUCACCCUCACUGACCUACGACUCCGUCUUCUACGCCCAGCUCUUGGGGGAACCUACGUGCAACGGGAAAACUUAUAUAAGUAUUUUUAUGCCAUCUCCAACUUUGAAGUGAUUGCCAGGUGUAAAUGCAACCUACAUGCAAAUGCGUGUAACUUCCGGGAUGGAGCCUUGCAGUGUGAGUGCGAACACAAUACUACAGGACAGGACUGUGGGAGAUGUAAAAAGAACUUCCGCAGCAAGUCUUGGCGUUCUGGUUCCUACACCCCGACACCCAACGGAUCACCAAAUGCAUGUGCUGCGGCUGGUUCCGCCUUUGGCAUAUCUGAAAAACCAAGAGCAGAGACCACUGCUAGCACGACCAGGCUAGUGCUAACAUCUGAUUCAGUCACCUUCCCUGAGACACUUGUUUCCAUCUCUUUGAAAGCAAUGGAUCCCAUAAUUGAAACUACAGCUCUACCUGUUGUCCCGGAGUACACCGAAAAUAAAAGAGACUUUCAGCCCCAUCAAAGCAGCUUCUCUGUUGUGGCCCCUUUACAGGCGGUAUCCACUUACCCUGAGCACUUCACUGCUCAUACAGAAGUUAUCCAGAUAUCACUGACUCCUCCAAUGCUGGAUCAAAAGCCCAAGUUACCCGAAAAAAUCCAAGCUGAACCUCCUGUACAGAGAGAAUUGACUGUGACACCAGCUUCAGACAAGAAGCAGACCAAGACAGCUUCAUCUCCUGUAAAUAGACAAUUGCCUGUCACUCCAGCUUUGAGCAAGAAGCAGAUAAAGACAGUUGCCCCUCCUCUAAGUAAAGAAUUGCCUCUCCCACCAACCUCUGGCAAGAAGCACACCAAGACAGCUCCACCAAAGAGCUCCAGUCCCCUGGAACACUCUGCUGUCAAAGUCAGUGAAACCCUGGGCAAGAGUGUAAAAGAUUGUGAGUGUUAUGGGCAUUCCAACCGCUGCAGUUACAUCGACUUCCUGAAUGUGGUGACUUGCGUCAGCUGCAAACACAGCACCCGCGGUCAGCAUUGCCAGCACUGUCGGCUAGGGUACUAUCGCAAUAUCUCAGCUGAGCUAGACGAUGAGAAUGUCUGCAUAGAAUGUAACUGUAACCAGCUGGGCUCUCUGCAUGACCGGUGCAAUGAAACGGGCUACUGUGAGUGCAGGAAAGGAUCUAUCAGCCCUAAGUGUGACGACUGCCUGCCGGGAUACCACUGGAGGCAAGGCUGCCAACCCAAUGUUUGCGACGACGAACUCCUGAUUUGCCAGAACGGCGGUACCUGCCACCAAGGACAGCGAUGUAUAUGUCCAGUUGGCUUUAAAGGAGCCUUGUGCCAGGAUGUCAAAUGUGAUUCCAGCCACAGGAACUGUGACUCUGCCUCUGGAGCUUUGGCCAGCUCUUUUUUCUUCCUUGUUUUCACUCUGACGCUAAGCGUGGUGGACAUAUAAAUCCCUCAAAAUGUGCUUGGCUGAGAACACUGCAGGAGGUGUGUCAACAUGUCAGGCACGCCCCUAUUAUGGAGAACAACAGAAAAAGGGGCGGUGUUUGAUAGUAACUCAGCUUCUGCAGUGCCUUAUUGCCUUUUCACUUGAGACAUAUUAAAGCUUUCAUAAGCCCACUGAUGUCUUUGAAGACCAUGUGCAGAAGAUGCAAUUAUAAUGGUCUAUGGUGAACAAUUGGCCCUUCCCAUGAGAAUGGCAGUAUGGCCAUCUAAUCUGGGACUGGCUUGGGGAAAAUCUCUAACCACUCUUUUGGGCUCUUGCCAGAUGGCAAUAGAUGUGUUCACCAGUUUGAUCAGUACUGAAUUUAGAAAGGUGGUUGUCACUUUAAUUUCUUCCUAUAGUAAACACCUGCUUGGAGGGGGGGGGGUAUUAUCACUAAAGAACACAGAGAAUGUUGACACUUUUUCAUUUUAAGAAGAAAGGGGUCACCGAUAUAUUUCAAAAGAGGACACUUAACUUCACCUUAUUGAAACUGGACCCCGUGCCAAAAAAACAUAAAAACCCCUAAGGACGUUCAAAUAGAUAGAUUUAUAAGAUACAAAGAUUUCUACUCCAGAAUUCUGACCACAUAAUGACAGAAGGCGUAUGAAUCUGAUUUUUUGGCUCUGACUGUUUGCGGUUUCCUUGUGUAAAGAAAAUUAGCCGCCUGUUCAAACUGACACAAUUCCAGCUUUUAUUUAAGAGCUUUUUUUUUGGAAUAUACAGUCCCACUAAAAAAUAUACAGUUUCAGUGUUUUUUCUGUCAUGAAGAUUGUGUCACCCCUUCAACGACUCAUUUUCUUGGUACCGAAAUAUGAAGGACUGAUGAAGACUUUUGAAAUGCAGGAAUACAAAUGUUGACAAAUCAUUUCACUGUGACAACGUGAUUAAUUGUUUUGCGGUCAAACUAAGGCAGUUUGAAUGCUACUAUGGGACUAUUUCAAACUGAAAUCACUUUAAAGGAAUACUGUCAUGGAAAAACAUGCUUUUUUUUAAAAAAAAAAUGCAUCAGUUGUGCUCCAGCAGACUUAUGCACUGAAAUUUGUUUUCAAAAGAGCAACAACAAAUUAUUUUAUAUUUAAUUAUGAAAUCUGACCUUAGGCUAGACAUAUUGUCAGUUUCCUAGGUGCCCCCAGUCAUGUGACUUGUGCUCUGAUAAACCUUAGUUACUCUUUUUUCUGCUGUGAUAUCAAUCUCCUCUCUUCCCCCCCCCCCGCAUUAGACCAAUAGCAGAACAAUGGGAAGGUAACCAGAUAACAGAUCCCUGGUAGAUCUAAGAACAGCACUCAAUAGUAAAAAUCCA